GAACGUAGCCGAACGCAGCCGAGCCCAGCCGAGCCCCGCGCCCAAACGGCCGCCGCCGCCCGAGCGCCGCCGUGCGAGCAGGCGAGCGGCCUCGGCCGCGGAGGAGGCGCCGCCCCAGGGGGAGGAGGUCCCUGCUCGCCGCAGACCGCCCGCGGCAGAGGCCGCCCCGGUCGCGCCGCCGCGGGAGCGGCCGGCGGAGGCUGCGCUGCGGAGGGGGAGGGUCGGGGGGAGGGGAAGUCACCCCUGCCCGCCUCCCGCUGCUCCCCGCCCGCAGGCUCUCGAGCAGCAGUCGGCGCCCUGCAUCCCGCUGCCCCGGACCCUCCUGCGGGCGCGCACCGGGCUCAACUCAGGCUGAGAACUGCAGGCGGACGUCUUCACUGUCCGGGAAUCAUUGAGUGUGUGGACAGGACAGCCUCCUUGGAAGGCCGGCUGUACCGGAGUUCCGCCUCGGCAUGGGCCUUGCCAUUGAGGCAGCUUCUCAGUCUGUGCCUGUCUGAGGGUGCUGCCCGUCAUGGGGGCAGCCAUCUCCCAGGGGGCCCUCAUCGCCAUCAUCUGCAACGGCCUCGUAGGCUUCUUGCUGCUGCUGCUCUGGGUCAUUCUCUGCUGGGCCUGCCACUCCCGUUCUGCCAACAUCGACUCCCUCUCCGAAUCCAGUCCCAACUCCAGCCCCGGCCCCUGUCCCGAGAAGGCGCCCCCGCCCCAGAAGCUCAGCCAUGAAGGCAGCUACCUGCUGCAGCCCUGAAGGCCCCUGGCCUAGCCCGGAGUCUGGGACUUAAGUCCACCCCACUUGGAACCUGGAAUCGGGAUCCCAGGGUCCAGCCAGCCUGGGGUCCAGAACUCAGAGUCCAGCCUGUCUGGAGCUGGACCCAGCAGGCCAGAGUCUGGUCGGCCUGGCUCCAAGAGGGGCUCUGCUGGCCCUCGGUAGACAGGCCUGGGGUGGGGGAUUCAUGAGUUGGUGCUAGGGCCAGGGCCAUCUGGACUCUGCUCCAUCCCAGUGGUCGGGGCUGGGUCCACCGCCCCCUAGGCCAAGCGCCUCCAGGCCCUCGAGGUUGGGGAAUCAAUCCAUGGCAAUAAUGGGAGGGUGUCCAGGCUGGGCCCCUUCUCUGGUCCUCCUACUGUUUGCUGGAUAAUAAAUGGAACUAUGGCUCUA